AAAGAGAGUGUGUUCUUGAUCCUGCUCAUUUGUAAAGUGAGUCAACCCGUUAUAGAAAUUCAAAAAAUUGGGAAAUCGAUUGGGUUCAUCAGACAGAGAUGACAACAACGAAUAACACCCAAAAUGGGGGUGUUUCUGAUCUCCAUCCGGUGUCGGAAUGCGAUGAGGAAGCACUAGUCUUGGGUUUGGAUGGCGGCACCACAUCAACCAUAUGUGUUUGUAUGCCUUUUUUCCCUAUUUGCAACCAUCAUCUUCCUGUUCCCCUUCCUGUUCUUGGCCGCGCCAUUGCUGGUUGCUCCAAUCACAACAGCGUCGGAGAAACUUUAGCCAGAGAUACAUUGGAGCAGGUAAUGAUGGAAGCCCUUUCAAAAUCAGGCGCAAAGAAAUCCGCUGUUAAAGCUGUUUGUUUAGGUGUAUCGGGUGUCAAUCAUCCAAAAGAUCAGGAAAGGAUACUGAAUUGGCUAAGGGACAUAUUUCCAAGGCAUGUCAAGCUUUAUGUUCAGAAUGAUGCAGUAGCAGCUCUUGCAAGUGGGUCCAUGGGAAAACUUCAUGGAUGUGUUUUGAUUGCAGGUACAGGGAGCAUCGCUUAUGGUUUUGCCGAAGACGGGAAGGAGGCUCGUGCCGCCGGUGGGGGACCUGUCUUGGGUGACUGGGGCAGUGGUUAUGGGAUUGCUGCUAAGGCGUUGACAGCUGUUGUAAGAGCCCAUGAUGGCCGAGGUCCGCAGACAAUGCUUACAGAUUCUAUUUUGAAAUUGCUCCGUCUUUCUUCACCAGAUGAGCUCAUUGGGUGGACCUAUGCAGAUCCAUCUUGGGCCCGUAUUGCAGCACUAGUUCCAGAAGUGGUCUCUUGCGCAGAAGCUGGUGAUGGAGUUGCAAAUGAGAUAUUAAAUUAUGCUGUGGCAGAAUUGGCUUUAACUGUGAAAGCAGUUGUUCAGAGACUUGGUUUGAGUCGUGAAGAUGGUCGUGGCCAAUUUCCAGUUGUGUUGGUUGGUGGUGUCCUCGUAUCUAACAAAAACUGGGAUAUAGGGCAGAAAGUUGUCGACUGUCUUAUGAAAACCUACCCCGGUGCUUUCCCUGUUCGACCAAAGGUGGAACCUGCAGUUGGGGCAGCUUUGCUAGCAUGCAAUUUCUUGAUGAAGGAAAAAGAGAGGAAUGGGGUUAUUGUAUGAUUGACUGAUUGCUUCAAUCAAAGUAUACAUACAUACAUACAUACAUACAUAUAUACAUACAGACAUCUUUUUGUUGUAUCUAUCAAGAUUCUUUUGUAUAGCAUGAGUUUUAUGUAUGAACAAAAUUGCAUAGCUUUUGCAUCAAAGGAGGCCUUGAGAGAACCCCUUGGAAAAACAAAUAG